AUGAAGAAUACAACUAAUCAAAGUACUAGUGGCCAACAAAGUUCAGCAGGCGAAGGUAGUAGCAGUGGAGGCACUGGUAUUGGAAGUGCUUUUGAGACCAUAGUCCGAAAAUAUGGUGAUAUUUACUUAUGUAGUUUUGGUCUUGUUGUACGUUUAGUUACCAAUGAAUCUGAUAUGCUUGCAGAUGUACUUGGUCGAAAUAAUGUACAAAAUUCUACAAAACAAUCAAUUACCGGUGCUGUCUUUAAACCAGUCAUUGUUAAUCAUAAUUUACUAGUUGCUAAAGGUUAUGAACAUGAACGAGAUAGUCGAAUACUUAAUCCUGCAUUCCAUCAUACUAAUUUAAAAUCAAUGGUUUCAAUCAUUGUUGAUCGAAUAACAAAAUGUAUUAGUUCACUAUAG